AUGGCUAAAGAGGAACCGCAAUUAACACUUAUAUUGGCUCGCAUAGGCUGCUUUUGUUUCGCAACUUUAACCCAACCAACCGCCACAAAUCUUGCAGCAACCGUCGAAAACUACCAAGACGCAAUUAAUAGAAUCCCCGGUACGGUACGGGAGUCUGUAAAAAAUAAAUAUUGGAAUUGGAGGAUGCACGGCCUGAAUCCUAAUCCAGGACAAAUGAUGAGAUGGACCAACAAUUUUAACGAAGUAUUAGAUAUGGCGGCAAAUGUUGAUAGAGAUUGGGUUACGGAACCAGUGCCAAAUAUCCACAGUGAGCCAUAUUUUGAGGAUGGAGAAGAGGACUUCGAGUGGGCCCGCCACGAAUACGGCUAUUACGGUCCACGAUAUGGCCCCGGCCCCGGUUCCGAUUCCGGUGCUGGUUCCGGUUCCGGUUCCGGUUCCGACCCGAUCGCGAAACGAGAAUCUACUGAUGUCGACAGGACGACUUGUGGAGUCAACGAGGGCCCUCAGCGAGCUCGCGGUCACAAGCCUUCUUCUUCAGACAAUGAAUCUCCAACAGCAACUACAAAAUGUGGUUCAGAAGCGGAUACCAUUUACUCAAGUACGAGCUAG